AUGCACUUGCUAUCGUGGCUGAGGUGGUACAAGAAGCCUGAGUACAGGGACAUCAAGGAAUACUCGACCGCCGUCAGCUCUGGCCGACGGUCACUCAGUCCCGAUGGCCGCAAGACCUCCAUCCCCUCCCAGCUGGCGCUCGACAGGAUCCUGCAGAACAAGACAUGCAGUCCCAUGUCCCUCUACGACUUCUACAUGUACCUGAAGCACAUUGAGUUCUCCGAGGAAAACUUGGAGUUCUACAUCUGGUUCAAGAACUUCGAGGCCACCUGGGCCAAGAUCGCCAGCACCGAGAGCUUCUCGGUCGGAGAGAAGGACGAUGCCUCAUUCGAAAGCGCGCCCGAGAGUACUACGUCGUCCACCGGCAAGCUCCACAACCUCCCGUCAACAAUCGACGUGUCAGGCUUCUCGUGCGAUGCUGGCACUGCCGAGAACACCCUGGGCCGGAUCUCCCAACUCAUCGCCUCGGACUCAAUGUGCUCCGGCAACAAGUGCUCUCCGUCCUUUGCCAACCGUGUCAAGUCUUUCGUCGGCAACACCGAGUCCCCCAGCAAGCCGAGUCAAACCUAUGGCACGCUGAUGAACUCGGGCUCGGGGCUCCGCGCAGAACUCGACACUGUCAUCAAGACCUUCCUCCUCCCCGGCUCGGAGAAAGAGCUGAACAUCCCGCCCGCCAUGCGCGAGAGAGCCCUCUACAACCUGCAGACGUCGUCCGACCCCGCCCACUUCCAGCCCAUUGCCAACCACGUCUACCAGCUUCUCCGCAACUGCUCGCACCGCAACUUCGUCCGCCUGGGCGUCUCCAACGGCACGUUUGAGACGCUCUGCGUGGCCACGACGCUUGGCAUCGUCCUCACCAUCGCCGGCUUCAUGUGCGUCCUCCUGCGGGCCUGCACCCCGCACAUUGGGGCCCACAGCCGGUGGGAGGCCUUCGCCCCUUGGCCCAUGUGGUGGCUCGGCCUCAGCCUGAUCCUCUCGGGCCUGCGUGGCAGCUGCUUCUUCCUGCUGCUCUUCACGCGCCGCCAGCCGCUGCCGUGGGAGCGCUUCGACGACUCGGGCUCCGUCCGGUCCGAGCGCAAGGGCCUGCUCAGGCUGCUGUCGCGCCUCAUGAUCUUCGACCGCAAGCUCACCGUCAAGGACGCAAACCUGCGCAGGCUGCAGCACAAGAUCGUCAUCCAGAGCCUGAUCGGCGGCUCCAUCUUUGCCAGCGCGGGCGUCUUGCUGUUCAUCUUCUUGCCCGUUUGGAGGGAAACCGUCAAGCAUUGA